CCUGUCUUUAACCAGUCAGGAUGAGAGUAAGUGGCACCCUGAGCAAGCAGAGGAGGUAUGGAGGCUUGUUCUCAAGAGGAACAUGGUUCUUUUCUUCCUAUCCCGAAAUGGAGCUUGAAUCUGUGACAGUAAAUGUAACAAUCCAGGACUUUGUGGCUGAUGUGGCAUCUGAGAUGUUCUUCUGCAAUAAACAGCAAAUCUCUAGGGAGAUCAUGUUCAUCUUUCCUGUGGACUCUGACAUUGUUGUACACACCUUCCAUGCCACCAUGGGGGACACUCGUGAAGCAAUGCUCUGGGACAAGAAGGAGGCACAGCAACUGUACAAAGCCACUCCAGGCAUGGAGAAUUUGAGAUAUCUGCAGGAUCAGUGGGAUCUUUGGGGUCCAGUGUUUGCUUGUUUCCUGGGGACUGUGCCUCCUAACAGAGAGGUGGCCAUCAGCUUGUGCUAUGCCCAGGAGCUUCCAUUGCAUCCUGAUGGAGCUGCCAAGUUUUGCUGGCCAAAGAAGCUAUUUCCUCAAGAAAAAUUCAUCAGAUGGCACCUAUCUGAAGAGGAGAUAUCAGAAGACCUGCACUUCAGAAUCUGUCUGCAGUCAGCCCAUGGUGUGUCACAUAUUGACGUUAACAGCAGCUGCACCACUCUGCAGUACACAGCUCCAGAUCAGACGUCUGCUGAGGUUUCAUUGACAUCAUUGCCCUGUCUCACUGGUAAGUUGGAAUUGUUGGUGUAUUAUGGAGGGCUUCACAAUCUCAGUGCUGUGGUGGAGAGCCGAGACCCCAAAGCUGCAUCUGAACUUGUUCCUAAUCCCCAGCCCGACUCUUCCCUGACAUGGCUACAUGCUGCACCCCAGGCUACAACUGGCCCCUUUUGGCAGCCAGGGCAUACUGCAUCGCUGGUCAUCAGCUUGUCACUGGCCAAAAUCACCAGAUCCUUUUCUAUAGGGCUGUUCUCCAUCUUCUCAUCUAAGGGUGACUUUCUUCUGUGGGGACCCAUGAUAUCUUUGAUCCCCUCUUCUCUACCUCAGCUCUUCAUCUUCAUCCAAAGGAAGGUCUCCAGUGAAGAGCAAGCUAUCAUCGCUGAGGUUCACCGUUACCGGGACUACCAUUGGUGUUUCCGUUUUCCUAAAGACAAGCGUGAGAGCUUUUACGUUUCCCAGGCCAUUGCUCUGGAGACCAAAGGCAAAUGGUGCAUCCACUCCAAGAUAACCAUGACAUCCGAGGCAGUGAAAUGCCUGCAGCAGGCCCUGCAGCCCGUGGCAAGUGAGAUCUCACUGCACUGGGAUCUUCCACCAGGCCUGGAGGUGACAGUGAUCAGAAAAGCUCCUGAGACAAUCUUCCAGGGACAUCAGGGCAUCGUCUAUGCCCAGAUCCAUGGGCAAGCACAGGAUCCAGAGGCAGGUGUGGCAGCUGUGACCCUUCAGUAUCGUGUGGGCAGCCAGCCCUUUCAUUACACACUCAGAUUCUCAAUGUCUCCAUCAGCAGAUGACAGGUUUCCUGUGCACUGCAUAGCCAUGAUGCAUCUGUUUUGGAAACUGACCUGGCAGGGGUCAAGCAAGUCAGAGAUGGAGGACAUCUGGCACAGUGCAGUUAAGCUCAGCCUCAGCCUGGGGGUCCCGUCUGCCUUCACAUCAGUUGUGGUAGUACACAUGGAACAGAGGGAUACUGGGCACCAUGAUUCUUUGCUUGCAGAUUCCUCCAUGCUUCUUUCUUUCUCUUGCAAUCUGGUUCCCUGCCAGUUCCUCUGGUUGUGUGGCUCCAGGCCUGUAUGGUUCAAGUCCACCAAAUUUUGGAUGGUCCAGAAGUUCCAGCUCUGUCUCGAGACGCUGAGUCCCAAGGCCUCUCACACGGAGGUAUUGUCCCAGCUUUCAGCACACUGUAAAAAGCAGGAGUCUUCUCCUAAGGAGCAGAUGAUAGAAGAACCAACAGCUUUUAACACCAGUUGGGUCUGGACAAUUUCACCACUGUCAACAAAACUGUGUAACUUCUCCAGUACCAGGAUAGUAGUGGCACUCCAGAAAGCAAAUGGGUCCUGGGCCCUCACCUCAGCCCUGAUCUCUGCCUUGGGGCUCAGGAAGGCUGAUGUGGAGGGACAAAGUCUCAGUAAGGAUGUGAAGCCAGUUUUUGCCACAGUUUUGGCCUUAGUGUGGUUGCACCAGUAUAAAUGGAGGGUGUCCUAGUCAGAACUUCUGGAGGCCAAAGCUCGUAGUUGGCUGUGGGACAGAGCUGGUAAGAUUUUGCUUAGAAAAUUCAUACUAUGGGCCUUUCCUGGAAAAUGCACAACCAAUUUCCAUGGUUCCUCUUUCCCCUGCUCCUGUGUGGCAGUCUAUGGGACCAAUACACACUAUCUUCCCUUUCUGAGUAGCGUACCCUCUCAACAUUUUCUUUCUGCUUGCAGAGUUCCAUCUGGAUGA